AUGAAGAUGCAGAAGGAAGGCAACAUGGAGGAGCAGAUCCAGGAGCUGAAGACCACCACCCGGCUGCAGGAGCAGUGUCAGGCGCUCCAGAUCCAGGCGGUGAAGGAAAAGACGGUCCAGAACAAGGCGACGCUGGCCCUCCUGCGCAGCAACAUCCGGCGGGGUGCCCAAGACUGGGCUUUGGCCAAGAAGCUGGACCAGUGGACCAUCUGCAAGGCCUGCGGGAUGGACGUGCCCGUGAGGCUGGCGCACGGCCGCAGCACCAUGGAGGAGGCGCGGGAGAGACUGCGCAAGUAUGUCUUCGACCGCGUUAAGGUGCACAACGCGCUGAUCCACCUGGUGCGGCGGCGCGGGGAGAAGCUGGAGAGCCUGCAGCUGGAGCUCGCCGGCCUGCUGGGCCAGCCCGACGCCACCAAGGAGGAGCUGCGGCUGCGGCAGGUCAUCCGCCAGCUGGAGAACAGCAUCGAAAAGACGACGAUCAAGAUCACCACGAGCCAGAAUAUCCGCCUGCUGUACGCGAACCUGCUGGACUACCUGAAGAAAGAGCUGGCAGAAUACCCUAUUCAGCUGGACAAGCUGCAGAACCAUGUGGUUGACUACUGCUUGGAGCUGUCGGAUAUGACGGUCAUGUCCCAAGACGCGAUGAUGAUUACUGACGAGGUCAAGAUGAACAUGAAGCAAGCGGAGGCGACUUUCAUCCAGGAGCGGCGGGCCCGGGAGAACCGGCUCAACCAGCAGAAGAAGCUCAUCGACAGGAUCCACACCAAGGAGACGAGCGAAAAGUACCGGCGAGGCCGGCGGGACUUGGAUUUCCCCUCCAACCUCAUGACCCAGGAGAGCAUGAAAGCGAGGAGGACGGAGGCCUCCAAGGCUGACAUCGAGUACCAGACGGCUGUGACGGCCCUGGUGGAGCGAGUCAAGACCGCCGUGCGGUGCUCCCACCUCUGGGACAUCGCUGGCCACUUCCUGGCUCAGAGGAACACAGAGGAGAACCUGGAGCUGCAGAUGGAGGACUGCGAGGAGCGGCGGAAGCAGCUGGAGAGCCUGAUGAAGAAGCUGGAGCUGGAGGAGGCAGUGCUCAAGUUCCACCAGACGCCUGGCUCUGUCAGCUUCAAAUCCAUCGAGAAAAAAAUGAAGGACACGCUGAAAGAGGAGGAAGAAAGGCUCCAGCUGGCGCACAGCAACAUGGCCAAGAGCCAGAAGCUGCUGCUGAGCAUCCAGACGGGCAUCGACAACCUCUACAUCCGCCUGGUGGGCAUCCCGGGGCCCACGGCCCAGAAGGAAGCGGCGCCCACCAGCACCCUCGACGUGAACAGCAAGCUGGCCUACUGUGAGGGGAAGCUCAUGCACCUGAUCGGCAGGGUGCAGACACUGUCCCGGACGGAGGAGGUCAGCACGAAGGUGAGGGACAUCCUGGAGUCCUCGACUCUGAAGGAGAAGCACAACACCAGGAUCAGCUUUGAGGACCUGGAGGAGGAUAUGAUAGAAACCUUCCAGUUCGCCGACGUGGACCACAGCUACGUCCCUUCGCGGGCAGAGAUCAAGAGGCAGGGCCAGCGGCUGAUAGAAGGCAAGCUCAAGGGCGCCAAGAAGAAGAAGUAGCCCGUCCUCCCCUGCCCACCUCACCCCC